AUGUUCGCCCGAUCUCUCAACACCGCCGCCCGCUCAUUCGCCCGCCGCUCCCUCAACACCGGCCCCUCCGCUCCCUCCUCCUCCCGAUGGUCUUCGCGCCACGCUUUCGUGGCUGGUACCACCCUCGCCAUCUCUGCCCUUGCCAUCUCCUCUGAAAGGCGGAAGGUCUUGAACGAAUCUGCCAAGCCCGAGAAGCCUAGUCCGAGGGAGAGCGUGCUGCAUCAGCAGAGUUUGAAGGAACCUAUACAUAAGACCGAGGUAGUGAGGCAGGAUGGUGCUUCUGCUCCUCAAGCGUCAGAGUCAUCAGAUAGCGUCGAGGCUGCGGCGGAUGGCGCGGCGAAAGUGUUGGAGGAGAAGAAGGAAGAAGCCGGGGAUGCUUCGCAAGGGGCUUUCAACCCCGAGACUGGAGAGAUCAACUGGGACUGCCCUUGUCUUGGCGGUAUGGCGACUGGCCCAUGUGGGGAACAGUUCAAAGCUGCCUUCUCUUGCUUUGUAUACUCUGAAGCAGAGCCCAAGGGUGUAGACUGCGUGGAAAAGUUCAAGGCUAUGCAGGAUUGCUUCAGGGAACAUCCCGAGAUCUAUGGUGAAGAGAUCGACGAUGAUGAGGCGCCUGCUGCUGUUCCCGAGGGAUCUGCCCCUUUGGAGGAGAAGAAGGCUGAGGAAGAGAAGACCGAGGACAUCAAGGUCGCAGCCGCCCCUGCCGCCUCCCCAUAG